AAUUCAAACUGCCCUUUCUCCCCUCAAACCGGUAGAGGACACACCGCCUUUCACACCCCACCUUCACGCAAUCUCUGCCUCUCCCCUCUAUAAAUACUUGAAAGCCCUCUUUUAUCGCUGCUCGCCACUUCCUCUCUCUUUUUCGCGAUCCGGCACCGAGCAAAACCCUAGGAAGAGCGACCGGGAGGAGAGAGAAAGCGGCAGCGAGAGAUAGUUGAGAAUCUCUUUAGCGAGAGGAUUUCUCUCACCUCCCCAGGUCUAACCUAAGCUCAGGGUUUCUUCAUCGAUCAGUGAUGGCAUCUUCAGUACAGCAGCAGGCCGCCGCUGGAUCUCCCCCUAGUCCGCAAGUUGUGGGGAAUGCUUUUGUUCAGCAGUAUUACCACAUUCUGCAUCAAUCGCCCCAGCUCGUCUAUCGAUUUUACCAGGAUAUUAGCAAGCUUGGUCGACCCGAGGAUAAUGGAAUCAUGGGUUCCGUCUCAUCAAUGGAUGCUAUCAACGAGAAGGUACUUUCACUGGAUUAUGGUAAACUCAGUGCAGAGAUCAAAACUGUCGAUGCUCAAGAUUCUCAUGAAGGAGGUGUACUUGUCCUUGUUACUGGCUACUUAACGGGAAAGGACAAUGUUAAGCGGAAUUUUACUCAGACCUUCUUUCUUGCUCCGCAAGACAAAGGAUACUUUGUUCUGAAUGAUAUGUUUAGAUAUGUUGAAGAUGUCAAUAAUGAGGGAGACCAGGGUUUGGCAUCUGAGGUUGAAGCUCCUCUCACUCCAGAUCAGGAACCUUCUCUUGUGCAGGAUAAUCAUGUCUCAGAGCAUAUGACUGUGUCAUCAGAGGAUGUUAAUGGGGAGGAAGUGUAUGAUCCUUCUGAGAAUGGAGAAGUUCUCAUCGUGGAAGAGGAAGUCCCAGUGGCUGAGGUGGUUGAUGAAAUUCAUGAUGAUUCACAGUUAGUGACUGAAUCUAACUCCAAAAUUGAAGAAGUUCCAAGGAAGUCGUAUGCUUCAAUUGUGAAGGUGAUGAAGGAGAAUGGCAUGCCUUUGUCAACUACUCCUGCUCCUCCAAGGGCUGUACCGAAGGGCCAGGAGCAACAAAUAACUGCCACACCACUGCCUGCAACUGUGGCUGAGACGUCCAAUGUAAACUCAAAUGCGGUUGACAGUGGGGACAGCCAAGAGGGAGAAGUUGAAGGUUACUCUAUCUACAUAAGGGGCUUGCCAAUGAGUGCAACACCAGGCCUACUUGAGGGCGAGUUCAAAAAGUUUGGAGCUAUUAAGAGAAAUGGAAUUCAAGUUAGAAGCAACAAGGGAUUUUGUUUUGGCUUUGUGGAAUUUGAGGUGGCAAAUGCUGUUCAAAAUGCAAUAGAGGCUUCCCCUAUUACGAUUGGUGGACGCCAAGCUUAUGUUGAGGAGAAGAGAUCCACAAAUUCUCGAGGCAACAACAGGGGUAGAUUUACAAAUGGGCGUGGGGGUAUGGGUGGUUUCAGGAAUGAGGGAGCUAGAGGACGAGGAAACUAUGGAGGUGGUAGAGGCUACAGUCGGGGUGAUUUCAGCAACAGGACAGAGUUUGGAAACAGGGGCAAUGGUCGAGGAGGACAUUCAAACCGAGUUGAUGGAUAUCAGAGGGCUGACCAUCUGGGUAACAAUGGUGGACGCAUGAAUCGUUGGGGUGGGAUGUCAGUAAAUGCAACAGCCAAAAGUAUGGCACCACGAGUAUCUGCGCCUGCUUGAGCAACUGAUAGUGUUGAAUGUCUGUGAUUAAAGGAAGAUAGAUUUUUCUACUUGAAAUCCGGUAGUUUUUUCAGUGGUUGGGGUAGAGCAUCUCAAGUGGCCAGCACCUGAUCCUUUUUGUGGAUGUGCUGUCCAAAAUUUUCUGUAGGAUUUUCUUACCUCUUUUUGGCCUCCUUUUUGGUCAUUUUGUUUUGUUUUGUUCUUUUUCUUUUUACUUUUUUUUGGUCAUGUUGAGUGGUUGUAGUUGGAUGGUAAAAACAAUUGAAGUAGCCCUAUUGUGUAGUUGCAUACUCAUGCCAUGUCAAGGAUGCCAAUUUGUUUCCUAAUAGGGAAUUAUUCUUGAGUUAAUUUUGAAUGUGUUAAUCUUUCUA